CCUCUGAUGUUUUGUCUCCGAUGCGUGCCUUGGAUAUGAAAGGUGGUUGCAAACUAUACAUUUAAAGCAGGAAGUUGAUUUUUGCAAUGUGACUACUGGAGGGGGUGGUUACGAUAUAGAGAGAGGAACUGAUGUAUGUGAAGAAACCACAAGAAAGGGAGUGAAGUGUAGACAAGACGCAUAGAGCAAUUAGUGAAAAGUAGGGGCGAUUGGGAGACUUACAUGACGGAGUGAAAGAGUUUUUGAGAAGGAGACCUACAGAGAGAUACAGCAAGAGAAGCAAUACAGGUGUGGCCAUCACUAGCAUUGGCUGUCUUGGUGGGCCAUGGAGAGCAGUAAGAAGCAGCCCAUUGAACAAUUAAUGGAUGGAGCGUUAUAUGCCUGGAUACAGACCUUUGAACAUGGCCAGGGCUCAGAUUAUGGGACUUUCACCCCAUCCAAGGACCGUCACAGAGAAUUCAUGCAAUUGAUUGGAGGUUCUACUCUGCACUACAUCAUGAAUUUAAUUGACCCACGUCCAUACCAUGGUAAUCUGGAUCUGCACAGCCUUAAAAAGAGACUUAGAACUUUUUUCCAGGAUGAGCUACAGCAGCUGAUCGUUAUGCCGCUACCUGAUGUUUCCUUGAUAAACCAGGACCCUUUUACAGAUGCUUCCAUACAGGAAAUGGAUAAACUUCUGUCACUGAUAUUGGGGGCCGCUGUGCAGUGCGAGGACCGGGAACACAUUAUUGCAAGAAUCCAGAGCUUAAACCUAGAUUCACAAACCAAACUGGCUGAGAAAAUCCAAGAGAUGACUCAGGACUCUCAGAAAAUAUUGGCAAUCCCUGGGAUAGACCUGUCCCAUCUUUCCCAUUCUGACCUGCAAGACGUGGUCCUCAUUCUAACUACACAUCUGAAAGACAUAUUGGGGCAAAGAGAUGAAGCCCAGGAGCGUCUCUCUCUCAUCCGUUGUGAAAAGGAGAGUAUUCUGACUCCACAUGGUGAUUCCAGGAUCCAAGGAGUAUCCCAAAAUAUGACAUCCGAUGCCCAGGCUUGGAAGACUCACUCCUUGCAGACAGCUGAUUUGCAGAGUAAAUUGCGGCGUGUGCGUCAAGAAUUGGAGGAAAAAGAAGAAGAACUACUGGACAAUCAGCAACAAAUACAAUUGAUGGAGGUUGAGAUCAGGAAACUACAAAAACAGGUUCUAGAGCUCUCUCCCUUGGCUGCUCUAUCUCGCGGAUACCGUGAUGAACUGGACAGUCUAAGAGAGCGUUCUCGACGCUCUGAAACUCAAGUGAAUUCUCUAACUGAAAAAUUGCGCAAUAUGGAGUUCUAUCAGAGAGCACUACAGGAGGAGAAAGAGUUCUCCAGGGGGCUCCUUGAAGAUAAGGAGGUCUUGGAGCAGCAAUUGUCAGCAGAAAGAGAACGCUCCGAGAAACUACGGCUGUGUGAGAAGGAAAAGAUGUCAAUGGAAGAGAGCCUACAAAGACUGAAGAUGGAAAGAGAUUCAGAGUCUCAAAGAGUGCAACUACUUCUACAUGAUAAUUUGACACUGGCCGAAGAGAUACGAGUACUCAGGGAAGAGACAUCCCGAGGCUGGGACAGAGUGUAUGAGACAGACUCGGAGAUUUCUUUAAGCUGGGAGAGAAGAAAUGAGAAUGAUGGAGAGCAUGCUUGGGAGAGACUGCAAAGCCAGGACUCUGAAUUUGUAGACCUAAGUUCAGAGUUGUCUCAGGCUUUGUUACGUUUGGAAAAAGAAAAUCAGACCUUGAGAGAGAGAUUGCAAGUUCUUACAGGAGAAAUCACGGAACCUGAAACUGCAGGAGCACAUGAUAAUACACAAAGUGACCUAGAAAUUCAGAACCUAAAGCAGCUAGCCAAACUCUGUAUCAGAGAGGAACCAGAAGGAGGCAGUCUGGGAGAGAGAGAUCACAUACAGGGCGAAGCAGAGAGAAAACUUGCCGACCGACCAGAAACUGAACAUUUACCAAAGAGAUCACUUGAAACUGCGGACAAUGCACAAAACUUGAAGAAACCGCUGGAACAGAAUUCGAAGAGUAUCCAAGUACAAGAAAGAAAAGCUGAAGAGACCACAGCAGAGGAUAAAUCCCAAAAGACUGAAUAUAAUCGUGAUCAAGGACUUCAACAAGUAGACGAACAAUCUGAAACAAAGAAAGACAUAGGAAUAAGUCAUUUGAAUAGGAAUUCAAGAGAAGAGGAACUUGCACUUAGCAGAGAAUUGGUAGAGAGUGGUAACAAGGUAAAAUUACUCACAAAACAGCUGGAAAAAAGUUCGCUAGAGCUACAAUCACUCAAGGAAAAUCUUGAAAGGAGAUUAGCUGAGGAUUCAGCAGAAGUCCAGAAACAGCUACGAGAGAGAGAAAAAGAAAUAGAGUCACUAAACAGAAAGUUGGUUGACAAGGAAGUAGAGAGACAGGUACAGCAGAGACAGCUUGAAGAGAGAUCGGAACAGAUAGAGUUCCUAAAGAAGCAGCUAGAUGACAAGGAUGGAGAGAGACAAUGCCAACAGAAACUUCUUGAAGAAGCUGUCAAGCAGACGGAACAUUUACAUACACAACUUCUUCAAACCGGGGAGUCACAUUUACUAAAUAAGCACCUUCAACAGAGUACCGAGGAAAUGCAGUCUCUCAAGAAACAGUUAGAGGAGAGCAUGAGAGACAUGCAGACCUUCAAUAGGCGGCUUCAUGAAAGUGAGGUGCAAUCAUUUAAGAAACAGCUUGAAGAGAGUUCUUCAGAAAUACAGUCACAAAAGAGACUUCUGGAGGAGUGUACAAAAGAAAACAAAUUGCUCAGAACACACUUGGAAGAAAAUGAGUGUUUGCAGUUGUCAAUGCAUAGACAGCUGGAAGAGAGGACUACAGACAUCCAAUCUCUCAAAAGGCAGAUACAAGACAGUUCUGUGGUGGAGCAGUCAUUAAGGAGACAGCUAGAACAGCAAGAAACAGAGAGAGAUUCACUUGACAAGCAAGUAAAAACAUGUUCUCAGGAAAUACAAAUGUUGAAAAGACAGUUGGAAGAGAAAGAGGCACAGGAGCAGUUACUGAGGAGACAGCUGGAAGAGGGAGGAAGGCAGGACCAGUCCUUGAAGAAACAGUUGCAAGAGAUGACUGAAGAGACAGACUCCCUGAAGAAACAGAUCAGAGACACACAGGAAAACCACCUUCAACAACUUCAAAAGUUCACAGAGACGAGUGAAAGUCUACAGAGACAGCAGCAUGAAACAGGAGAGUCCGCAUCAUUAAGGAGGCAGUUGCAUGAGAUAUCUGAACAGGUCCAAAGUCUCACCAGAAAUCUUCACAUAAGUGCUCAGAAUGAAAGGGAUUCACAGCGACAACUCAAGGAAAAAGAGCAAGAUAUUCACAGACUCCAGAGGCAGCUUCAAGAGAGAGCUGACGAGGUUCUGUCACAGAAGGGUUAUCUAGAGAGAAACAUGGAAAAUGAGCAGUCUCUACAUGGAAAACUGGAAGAGAGUAAUCAGGAGUUACAGUUACUAAGAAAGGACUUAAUUGAAAAGGAAGUAGAGAGACAGUGCCAGAAAAGACAAUUAGAACAACAUGACAAAGAGAGACAGGCCCAAAUUAGUAAAUUAGAAGUAAGUACAGAGGAAUUAUUGGCCCUUAAAAGACAGCUGGGAGAAAGAGAGUUACAAGAACAGUCACUUAAAAGACAGCUUCAAGAAAUAAAAGAAGAGGCAUUGUCCUUGAAGAGACAACUUAAAGACAAAGAGGAAGAAUUGGCUAUGACACAACUUCAAGAGAGAGUUAAGGAGGCAGAAUCUCACCAGAGACAGGCACACGAUGUAGAAAAGUUACAAUUACUAAAGAGACAGUUGCAACAAAGUACUGAUGAGAUUCACGUAUUGAAGAGAAAGUUGGAAGAGAGCACUGGAGAAAUACUGUCAGUAAAGAGAAGUCAUGAAAGAAAUGAGAGAUCCCUUAAAGAACAGCUACAAGAGAAUGCCGACAAAGUAGAAGGGCAGAAGAAGCAACUUGAAGAAAAAACAGAAGAGAUUUCAGUGUUUAAGAGGCAGUUAGAGGAAAGGGAUAAGUCCCUAAUUAGACACAUUGAACAAAGUACAUCAGAAAUUCAACUUCUAACAAGACAGUUGCAGGAGAACGCUGGAAAAGAAAAUUCCUACAAGAGACAACUAGAAGACAAUGAGAGAGAAAGACUAUCAUUGGAGAGGCAACUGGAAGAGCGAGUGGAGCACUCACUACGACAACAACAGCGUGAUAGUGCUGAGAUACAGUUACUGAAGAGACAUUUGGAGGAGAGCUCUGAUGAAAUACAGUCACUGAAAAGAAAGGAAUUGUCACUCAUGAGACAGCUUCAAGAGAGCACCGGUGAAAUAGAAGCCCUUCAGAAGCAGAUUCAUAGAAUGGAUAAGUCAGAUUCACUAAAAAGACAAGAGGACACUGAACAAAUGCAAUUUCAAGUAAGAACUGAGGGGGGUGUAAGGUUUGAGACAAAGGUUCAUGAAAAAGAUGAAGACCGCCUUAAGAGACUACUGAAAGAUAGCACAGAGCAAAUAGAACAACAGAAGAGACUGCUUGAAGAGGGCACUGUAAAGGAGCAGUCCCUUAUCAGGCAAUUAAAAGACAAAGAGGAAUAUGAAUUAUCCAUUAAGAAACAACUGAAAGAGAGUAUUAACUUGGCAGAAAGCCUACAGAGACAACUGCGAGAACACACUUUAGAUGUAAAAUCUCCAAAGAGACAACUGGAACAGAAUGUCAUAGAAGGAGAAUUUAAUAAGAGACUGCUUGAAGAAAAUAAUCCGGACAUUGUUCCCCAAAAGAGACUUUUCCAAGAAGCAAAUAUCAAUUUGCUACUGCAAGAGCAGGAGGGGCAAAGGAAACUCCCAAAGAAAAAAACAAAAGGGAACACUGAGCUACUUCUUUUCCAUCAGCCACCAGGUCCUAUACCUUCUGAAUCAACCAGCACCACAGAUAUCCCAGUCUGUGCCUCUCUGACCACAUCAGCCCCUACCCUCCUCACUGUAAGCUCCCCAUUGGUCUCUUUACCACCCAUUGGUUCCUCAAUCUCAACUGCUCUCCCACCAUCGACCUCUCCCGCUUUGUCUGAUGACCAAGCUGUACCUUCCUCUCUGACUUUUGUCAAGCCAACUUCUCCGUCUGUCCCUACCUCGCCUCCCAUAUCUGUCCCAAAUCCCCUUCCUGUGGAUGCUGUUUCACCUUCACCUACCUCACAGUCUCUCCCAGUUUCCGUAUCUAUCUCUCACUCUCCUGUUACCACUUUAACACCUACUCUACAAGUGUCUAACCCCCUUCCUACCACCCCUGCCCCCUCUCCUGUACACGAGUCUGCUUUGUCCUUGCUGCUCCUGGAGGUGCAAAGUGUUCGCAGAGAACGUGCAGAGAUUCAGGGUCGGUAUGAUUCCCUGCUCAGGGAACUUCAAAGGCAAGAAGCAGAGCUGGAUAAGGCACAAAGAGAGCUACGUAGAGGAAGGAGUGCUCUGAGGAUACUGAGACAAGAGCACAAGGAGCUUCAGGAAAGGUUCUCCCAGAUCUCAGUACAAUCUGAGAAUAUGCAGUUGGAACAGCAGAGGAAACUGCAGGAGCAGUUGGAGAGGAUGCAAGAAAUUGAGAUGGAAAACCAUAAAGUGCAGGAGGAACAGAGAAGGCUGCAAGAUGAGCAGUCUAAAAUGGAAAAGAUGAUAGCAGACAAGGCGUCAGAACUGAGGGAAAUGAAGAGACAGUUAGGAUCGGAGCAGAGAGAGAAGGAACUGCUGCAGAGAGAACAUGGAGAAAUGCGAGAGAUUGUGCAGCGUCUGGAGAUAAGCAAUACAGCUCUAUCUGACCAGUGUCAGGUAUUGUCUCAGGUAAAACUGUCCCUUCAAGACCAGAACAAUCUUUUGGUGUCUCAACUGCACACUCUGAACCGUGAUAACCGGGAGUUAUUAGAGCGCAGUCUGGAGAGCGGAGAGCUAAGACAGGAGGAGGAGAGACAAUAUCGUGAAAAACUGACAGAGCUUAAACACGAGAAGCAGAAGCUACUGGAUAAGAUCAUGGAUCAAUACAGAGUUCUAGACCCAGCACCAGUAGCUCAAAGCCAUCACCACAGGAGAAGUAACUGGAUUGCAGACAAAAUGAAGAGGCUUCUCAGGACUCGUGAAAGAUCUCCAAGAAGAUCUGGGGAACCUUCUCGUCUCUUGAACCCACCCAAAGAUCCAGGGGAAGCAGAUACAGCAGCCCAGAGUCCAGUGGUUCUCCGUCGCAGUAAAAGUUCUGUUUCCUCUGCGACACUACCAAAUUAUGGAACAUCUCCCAGACCACGUCAUGCAAAGUUAAGCUCAACAAUCCGAAGCAGUGAAUCUUUUAGUGGGGCAGAUACCACCCCGAGGGAUAAGUUCCGCCUCAGGCGAAGGGGACAUGUACUUGAAAGUGAAGGUGAUGAACAAACAGGUGAAGGCGUAUGAUCUGAGUGCCCCACCUAUGUAAAUAUGCGCUGGUCGCUGUAGAAAUUAAUUUCUGUAUAUAUUGUGUUAUUACUCAUAUCUGGAUAAUUCAAUAAAUA